GUGAGUGUUGAUACCUGCGCAGUGCGCAUUUCCCGUUUUAUAAACUUCGGUGCCUGCGUCAGUCAUCAAGAUUGGAGUGUUUAAGUUUUUCGUCUGUUAAUUAUAUUUGUGAAAAAAAUUGUAACACCAGUACUUGUUCACAAAAGUAUGUUUAAAUUAUAAAAAGUAGUUAACUUGACCUUACUACAUAAAGCGACUAAACGAAAUAACUAUUGUGAUGUGAUGAGGUGUUUCACUAUCGGUGCCGUCAAAAAGUUUUGAAAGUUGUUCAACUUUUUAUAUUUGAAAUAAGUGUUUGUGUUUUAUAAAAUGUGUGAAUAUUGGCAUGUGAUUCAAAUUGAAAAUUCGUUUUUGAAUGUUUGUGAAGAUAGUAUGGUGUAAAUAACUACUACACCAAUUGCUGUUCUCCAGAUAAUAUUCGACCAAUUCCAGUAGCGCAGUGCUUGAUGCGGUGACAGGAUGGACGCGGCGGACAAGCGGAUGUUGGAUCGCGAGGCGCUCCGCAACAUGAUCCAGCAGUGGAACGCCAACCGCCUCGACCUGUUCGAACUCAGUGAGCCCAACGAGAACUUGGAGUUCCAUGGUGUUAUGCGUUUCUACUUCCAAGAUUCGGGUCAGAAGAUAGCGACUAAAUGCAUCCGCGUCGCCUCAGACGCUACUGUCAGCGAUGUUAUUGAAACGUUGAUCGAGAAGUUUCGUCCGGACAUGCGUAUGCUGUCCCUCGGCUCGUACUCGCUGUGGGAGACGCACGGGCCGGACGACGAGCGCAAGUUGGAGCCGCACGAGAAGCCUCUGCUCGUGCAGCUCAACUGGCACGCGGACGACCGCGAGGGACGGUUCCUACUCAAGUGCCUUACUAACAACGAGCUACCGUUGUCGACUGUGAACGAAAAAGCUGAUCAAAACUUCAAACGAAAAUUAUCGAAACGCGAAAAGAAAGAGUUGAAGAAAAAGGAAAAAUUGUCACGUUUAAAAUCUGACACCAACGAUGAAAAUCGACCUGUUGCAGAAAAACUAUACACAGAGCUGCCGGAGACGUCGUUCACGCGCAGCAUCAGCAACCCCGAGGCCGUCAUGCGGCGCCGCCGGCAGCAGAAGCUCGAGCGCAAGCUGCAGCAGUUCCGCUCCAAGGACGGCGGGCCCGACACCGGCGGCACGCUGAAGAUCUACGGCUCGUCGCUGUGCGCGGACGUGCCGUACAAGACGCUGCUGCUGUCGGUGGGCGACACGGCGGCCGGCGUGCUGCGCGAGAUGCUGGACAAGUACGGCCUGGCGCGCCACGAGCCGCAGCACUACUGCAUCGUGCAGGUGGACACAGCGGACAACUCGGAAUAUAUCCUGGAAGACGACGAGUGUCCUCUCGCCAUUGUGAUGACGCAUCCCCACCGCAGUUCCAUCAUGUUCCACGUCCGACGGCGACCAUCGGACGCGCAGCCUCGCCGUCGGAAGAAGAAGACAGGCGUAGGCACGGGCAGCGCGCGGCCGGGCAGCGAGCCCAUGCUGUUGGAGGUGGCGCCCGACGGCUCCACGCUGGAGAACGGCCGUCGAAUACGCGUCACUGAUGUCAUUGAGGUCGGCUCAGGAAAUGGUACAGCACUACAGCUGUACGGUCCCUCGAUUCAGCCGCGACACUGCGUGGUGGCCACGGCGGAGGGAGGCGGUUACACCGUCACGCCGCUGCAUACGGAUGCGCAUGUUUACGUUAAUGGACGGCGUACGUUGCACUCCCAGCGAUUACAGCACGGCUGCUUGCUCAAGUUUGGUCGAGUGUCGACCUUCCGCUUCGUGGAUCCAGCUCAAGAAAAUAUCAUGAACAGGAACCUUUCACAGUCGCAGCACUUCGGCUCCGGCUCCAUAUACGACAGAUCGCCGUCGGGCGAGAACAGCGGAGCGAUGUCUCCGACGUCGCUGGCCUCCCACCAGCCGGACGGGUUAGACUCCAACGCUAACGUGAACGACGCGGACUACCCGCGGACCAUUAGCCCCGUCUCCCACGACACGUACGGCUACAACGCCAACGACACCAUCACGCCCUAUAACAACAACACGCUCAAGUUGGACAACGAGUCGCUCAUGAUGUCGCAGCAUCUGAGUGACUCGAAGGACGACUACAUACGGGACGAGCACUCGGGCUCGGUGUACAACGAGCAGGACCAGAGCGCGCCCGCGAACCGCGUCCCCAACUCGCAGUACAAGGACAACUACGAGACCACGUUCGAUCUCGAAGGCAACGUCGAGACGAAGAGCAUCUGUAGUGCUAAAAGUGGGGGAUCGGGACACGACAACAGGAGCGCAGUGCUGGGCGCGCGCGGCCAGGAGGCCAUCCUGCCGGCGGUGCUGGAGUUCCCCGAGGCGGGGCAGGCGCAGUUCCUGGCCGCCGUCGUCUCGCGCCUCGACCCGCACGCGCCCGCCUUCAAGCUGGCGCCCGUCUACACGCUGUACCUGUGCGCCAGAUAUCGGGCUUCAACACACUAUCGGCCGGAGCUGACGCCGACCGAGCGCGCUCACAAGCUCACCGCAUUCUUACAUCACGUCGCUACUCUCAUCCACGCUACCGUACAGGAACGGUGUACGGAUUCGGCUGCACAGGCGUUUUGGAUGGCGAACGCUAGCGAACUUUUACAUUUCCUAAAAUGUGAUCGACACAUUUCAUCAUUUUCCACACAGGCUCAGGACCUGCUACCGACGACCGUCCAGAACGCUUUUAGCAAUCUAGUAUCGUGCUUCCAAGAGGAGCUGUCGCGCGCGCUGGCCGAGCUGACGGAGGCGGGCGCGGCCGACGCCACGGAGGCCACGGCGCCCACGCUGCAGGCGCUGGCGGCCGCCAUGGUGCUGCUGCGUCGCUGUCGCGUCAACGCCGCGCUCACCAUACAGCUCUUCUCGCACCUCUUCCACUACAUCAAUGCCGUCUGCUUCAAUAAGUUGGUGACAGAGGCGGGCUCGGUGAGCGCCCGCUGGGGGGCGGCGCUGUCGGCGCGCCUGGCGCUGGUGGCCGCCUGGGCCGAGCGACAGGGCCUCGAGCUGGCCGCCGACUGCCACCUCGCCCGGACGCACCAGGCGGCUCGCCUGAUCGCCGGCUCGUACCGCAGCGCGGAGGAGGUGUGCGGCGCGCUGGGGGCGUGCUUCAAGCUCAACUCCGUGCAGGUGCGCGCGCUGCUGGCGCCGCUGCUGCCGCCAGACCUGGUGGACGCCGCCGCCGCGCACGCGCGCGCCCGCGCCGACGAGCUGUACCGCGCCGACGGCCGAGAGAUCGCGCUGGAGGAGAGCGUGUGGCUGGGCGCGGCGCUGCUGAUCCCGGGCGACGGGUUCAGCGCCGAGGUGGUGCGCGGCGUGCCGCCCGGCCUGGCCGAGUUCGUGGCGCCGCUGCAGCGCGGCGGGCUGUGCCGCCUGGCGCACCAGCCGCACGCGCUGGGCCUGUGGACGGUGUACAUGCACGGCUACGGCGCGCCGCCCGCGCACCAGCCGCCCGACGGCCACCCGCGCGUGCACAUCGUGCAGCUGCACAAGAACACCAACGGCAUGGGGCUCAGCAUCGUCGCCGCUAAGGGCGCGGGUCAAAGCAAGCUCGGCAUAUACAUAAAAUCCGUGGUGCCGGGCGGGGCGGCGGCGGCAGACGGGCGGCUGGCGGCUGGCGACCAGCUGCUGUCCGUGGACGGACACUCGCUCGUGGGGAUCACGCAGGAAAAGGCCGCAGAGUAUUUAAUGCGGACGGGACCAACUGUAACACUCGAAGUUGCGAAGCAAGGCGCUGUACUCCACGGGCUAGCGACACUGCUACACCAACCGACCUACAAUCAGCGUCAAGGCGCAGGCGCGGGCCCCGCGGCGCGGCGCGCGUCGGAGCGCGACCUGCCGGCGCGGCUGGCGGCCGAGCGCGUGCAGCCCAGCAAGAGCACGCCCGCGCUGCACCACGCGCCCGCCGCGCCCGCCGCGCCCGCCGCGCCCCCGCCCGGCGGCAACGUGUCGACGCUGAGUGGCGGCGCGAGCGGUGCGUGGGCGCACAAGUCUCGCAGCAGUCACAACCUGUCCGCGCAGAGCGACUCCUUCUAUCAGAACCUGUCGACGAUGCACGCGCAUCAGCAUCAUCCGCUUCAGGACAGAUGGUCGUCACUUCGUAGCUCGACCGGCAGCGGGCGACCUCAAUCGGCACAUUUUUCUGCGAACAGUGCCGAUCAACCGAAUGAAGCUGGAAAUACAUUACAACAUCAAGCUAACUCUGCAAAUGCAGCGAACGCAAGAGCAGCUAAACUAGCUGAAAUGUCUGAAGAAGUAACAAGACGUCAACAGCAUCAACAACAAUUCCAACAACAGCAAUUUCAACAGCAACAACAAUUACAACAUUUACAUCAGCAGCAGCAGCAUCAACAGCAACAACAGAUGCAAGCUCAACAUAAGGCUAAUGUUCCCCACCAUCUCAUGAACACACAGCAGAACCAAGUGCAAAUGCAUUUACAUGCAAGUCCGCAAUCGAACUUAGGACCAAUGCAUGUGCACGCAAGUCCGCUGCCGAAUCAGAGCCCCAUGCACGUGCAUCCAAACCAGCAGUCGAGCCAAGGUCCCAUGCACGUGCAUACAAACACGCAUUACGGCCCGCAGCAUAAUUCGCCCCAACUGCCGCAAGGAAUGCAUCUAAAUAUGCACACGCAGUACAUGCACACACAGACACCAGCACAGGCGAAUAAUCAAGUCUAUCAGAAUCAGAACCAGCAGUCACAAAGGUAUGAUUGGUAUCCGCCGGGUCCACCGUCGCCGCAGCGAUCACAGCCGCCCGUCGCGCCGAAGCCUAAUUCACAGGCAACAAGAAGAUCAGAAACAGACUAUGACGAACAAUACCAUCAACAUACACAUCAGAUGCAACAGACUUCAACUAUUCUGCCCGAUGACGAACGUUACGUAGCCAGCGCAUCCGAGCCUCCUGCAGUGUCAGUGUACCCGGUGGGCGGCGGGGGGGGCGGCGCGGGGGGCGGCGCGCGCACCCAGCCCGCGCACAACCCGUGGCAGAGGGAGGAGCGCGAGCGGCAAGCGGAGGCGCGUCGUGCAGCUAACCGGGCGCGCAGAGACGCGACAAUCGCGCAACUAGUGGCUCUAGGAGCGACACGCACGCCGGUACAAAAUCAGCAACUACGUGCGCUGCAGCUCGAGCGAGACUUCGAGCGUCGCGCGACUCAGCACCAGGACGAUUGUAUAGGGGCAGAGGGCGGCGCUGAGGAAGAAAGUCCUUCUUCCGAGCCGGAGCAAGAAAUAGAACCCGAGCCGGAAGUUCGGCAACCUCCGCCGCCCAAGUCUAUUCUCAAAACGAAUACGCGAACGGAGCUCACUAACGGAUAUACUAUGCACACAAGCGUGAGCGAGGAGUCCCGCAUAUCGGAAGUUUGCAGCGGCGUGGCCAACGUGUCCGUGUCGAGCGCCAGCACCGGCACCGCCGCCGCUGUCGCGGGGGCCAACCCGCCGCCGCCGCCCGAGCGCGGCUCGUCGUUCGCGGUGAUGGCGGGCCGCCGCCUCGAGCCGUCGCACGCCCCCCUCCCCGCCAACCCGCCCCACCCCGCGCAGCCCCCGCACCCGCCGCACCACCACGAGCCCGCUGCCGCCCCGCCGCCGCAGUCCCCAGUGAGCGGCGCGCGGGACAAGCGCGUGUCGUUCCACGAGCGCGCCGCGGCGGACGCCCCCGCCGCCCCCGCCGCGCCCCCCGCGCCGCCCGCCUGCUCGCCGCCGCCGCUCGACCCGCCCGCCGCCCGGGAGGACCCCGACCGCUUCAUCGAGGAGGCGGAGAGCAUGCUGGCGCCGGCGACGCACACGCCGGGCGUGAUCGGCGCGCAGGAGGUGUACCGCGACCCGCGCGCGCGCCGCCUGGCCGAGGCGCAGGCGCGCGCCGCGCCGCCGCCCGUGCCCGAGCAGCUCUCCUUCAAGGAGAAGAUGAAGAUGUUCGCGCUCGAGUCCGGCGAGGCCUCCACGCCCAAGGAUAAGGUGAAAAUAUCAAGGGCGCAACGAGACAUUGAUGCUGUUCGUUAAAUUGUAAAUUGAAAUUAUUAUUUUUUUGCAUCCAUUUUCUAUUCUAUGAUGUGUAAGAGUAGCGUUGAAGCGUCCUCGAUCGUGUUACAGCCGUGAAGUGCGUGUGGGACGCGAAGAUACUAGAAAUAUUUAAUAAAAUUAAUGACGAAGAAUCUUGUCAAUAUAUCGAUUUCUAUUAAUAUUAAAAGAAGGAAGACCGACGGACAGCGGUACUCGGUAUCGCGUAUGGAAAUAAUAUUGGUAUUAUUAAAUGAUAUAACGAUUAUAAAAUAUCAGUAUUACUACAAUGGUUUAAAAAAAAGUAGUAAUAGAAAUUUAUUCUUUGAUUUAUGAUUGAUAUAAAUGGCAAUGAUUACGGACCAGAGAGAGCUUUUAUAUUUUGGAAGUUAUUCCGCAAGUACCGUUUACAAAUAUCGGCACCAAUUUAUAUGUCCAACAUAGAGUUAAGUCGGGUUUCAUAGAAAUAUAUUUUAUAACAGGGAUUUUGAUUGGUAAUUCAAUGUGUCGCCUUAGCAGCUAGUGCAAUGUUUUACAAUGAUUUUAUAGCAUCUACCAUUUUAUAUAGAAAUUAUUUCAUUAUAUUCGAAAUUUAGAAAAUUAUAUUUAAUUCGAUUUUUGAAAAUGUUGAUGGCACAGUAAAUAUAUUAUUAUGCAGAAAAAUAAAUGUCAAAUUUUCCGUGUGCCAUUAUUAAGAUGUUAAUUAUUAUAAAUAUUUUAUAUGUAUGACGCUCUCCUCAGAAAGGACCAAUAUUAAUUACACUAGAAAUCAGUGGGUGCCUUUGUGUGUUUUAGUAAGUAAUCGAUUAUAUAUCGCAGGCUUGCGGCGAAUGUUCGAUCAGCUUUUGAAAUGUUUUUGAUUUUUUUCAUAAAUUAAUUUGUUCGAGAUUUCAUCUCUAUAAACUUUACCAUGAAUUAGUAAUUAUUCGGUCUAUAGAAUAAAAGUUGAAUUUUACCGACCGUUCCGUUGCAAGCCUCGUUUACUCCUUUCCUUAAAUAUAUUCUAUAUUCUAACAAUUAAUCUUCGUUACAUUCCAAAGAAUGAUUCUAAUCUUUCUAUGAAGCAUUAUCUUUUUAUGAAGCAUUCCUUGACACAUCCUACAUUGUACUGCGAUGUGUGCGACAUCACAUAAAUGUCUGAAAUUAUUCUGUAUGUUCUAAUUGUUAAUAUUCAAAUCGUAAGCAAUAAAUGUGGGCCUUCUGUAUAUACAGGUUAUUUAAGAAUUAUUAUGUGAAGCACAUUUUGUGCCAAAUUUUUACACAGGCGGUAAAUAUAUAAUUGGCGUAACCGAUACAUGGCAGCUUCACAAAAUACACAGGUCACAAUUUCAUUGUUGCUCUUCGUGUAGCUAAAUAAUUGUCGGGUUUAUCUCAUUGCGGCACCUAUUUAUUGUAUAUAAUAUAGUUUGUAAGAUACUAUCAUUGUUUUGAGGUUUUUGUACACCCGUUGUAUAUGUUAAAGUUUAUUUAAAAAUACAAUUAUAUCGAAACGUUAACGUAUAAAUUGUAGAAAGUACGAGGCCUCUAUGAACGUAGUGUUUAGCUUAGUAACUGGGAAACGUUGCGUUCUCAGUAUUUCACCCAACGAUAGUCAAUUAGCAAGAUUAAAUAUUUUAUAGAAUUGUUUCGGCUAGCAUGUACAUAAUGAUAUCCAAGAGGGCAGAGUCGUUUGCUCUGUGUUUAACGUGGCCUAUAAAAUAUGUCAAAAUAUUGUAACUGAAAUACUUCUUACAGAAAUUGAUUGUUUUGCUGCUGAUAGCAAUUAUUAUACCUACAUUAUUAAUAGAAACUUUAAAUUAAAUAAAUAAAUUAACAAUCGA